GCUAGAAGUAGCAGACUCUGUUGGAUUGAUAUUAAAGCCAUGACAUCUACUUGUCUUUGUUUCUCCAUCUGUUUCUCUCUGUGCUAACUGAAAUACACUGUUCCCCUCUCAAUCCUUCAGUAUUCAUCACCAUGUCAUCAAAGAUGACUACAAUGGUGUUAACGGUGGACUUGCAAUGUUCUUGCUGCUACAAAAAGGUCAAGAAAAUCCUCUGCAAAUUCCCUGGAAUCACAGACCAGGUGUAUGAUGAGAAAAAUAACCAGGUCAGGAUCAAGGUCUUGUGCUGCGACCCUGAGAAGGCCCGCGACAAGCUUUGCUGCAAAGGUCGCAAAGUUAUCAAAAGUAUUCAGAUUGUAGAUGACAUGCCUAAGAAGAAAGAGCCUGAGAAGGUCAAACCACCUGCUGAAAAACCAGCCGAUAAGCCUAAGCCACCUGCCGAGAAGCCAGCUGACAAGCCCAAACCACCUGCUGAAAAACCAGCCGAUAAGCCUAAGCCACCUGCUGAAAAGCCCAAACCACCUGCGGAAAAGCCAGCCGAAAAGCCCAAACCCAAGGACCCGGCCCCUGAACCGGCGCCAAUUUGUGGUCCGGUUCAUGGAUUUCCACCUAUGUACCCCAAUGGGCCAUGUUGUGGGUCUUGUGCCCAAGGGUAUGGUGGGGGUCCAUGCUACCAAGGGUUUGGACGGCCUGUUCCACCGCCACCUGGUCCAUGUUAUGAUUAUGGACGGCCUGUUCCAUGUUACGAUUACGGACGGCCUGUUCCACCUCCACCCGGUCCAUGUUACGAUUAUGGUUACGGUUACCGUGGGAGCAGAUGUUGUGUCAGCACUGAUUACUUUAGUGAAGAAAAUUCACAAGGUUGCACAAUCAUGUAAAGGUAGUGGGAUGUCAGUUUCAUGGCCCCUGGGACUUCUCCAAUAAACAUUUGUUUUAUGUUCCUGCAAUAUGUGUUGGUUGUAGUUAUGUGGGGUUUUUUAGAGGCAAAGAUAGGGUUUUAUAUUAUAAAAAAAGUAUGAUUGUAAUAAGGUCAGUUACCAAAUGGUUGUUGACAAUGAGAUCAUGUUUAAAGAUUUUAAAUUUGAUUAUGAUGGAAGUUUCCAUAGUUGUUAUUUGGCAUUA